UCUCUUUAUGCCCUGAAACUUCUACAACCUUUGGCGGUUGUUUUAGAAGUUGAGCAGUUUCGCCAGGUGGCGUACGAUUUGGGAAUGUCCGACUGGGGUGUUCGACUAUGCCAAAGCCUUGUCAACAUAGUACUUCAUCAUCCGGAACUCUGUAGACCAGAAGCACGUGAGAAGGCCUGGGUGGCCGCUCGCGAUGCGCUGCAUUUCAGCGUGAUCACUGCUGGGAGUGGUGAUAGCGGCCCAACUGAUGAUCGAAUCGCUUGUAAGGAAGAGAUUUCUCGUCUCCGCACGACCAGGAACGUUGGUUGCGGCUGGCUCCUCGAUUAUAUCAUGCAUCAUCAUUCGAUCUCUCAUCAGUCAGCGCUCACUGAUGCAUUCCUCACGAUUAGCGAAAUGAUAUCGACGUUGCAUGCAGAGAGAAGAUGCCGACCUAUAUUAAUGCGAUGAUUUCUGCAAUGGCAACGGACAAGCCUCCACGGCUUCGCAAGGCUGCGUUUUGCGCUGCGUAUUCAUCAAGGAACUAUCUUGCCUCGUUGGACACCGAUUCUCUCUCCCCAGAUCUCUGCACUCAAUUUUCAGCAGCGCUUUCUGGCGUUGUUGCUGACAGUCUAUCCUUUGGUCAGGGCGAGGAUGGUAUCCUUUCUGAACACUCCAGUAUGUGCGGCAAGCAAAACCUUCGUUAUUUGCACAUAUUGUUCUCGUGGACUCAAAGUGAACUAUGGUCCCGUCACCUCUAUGAUGGUGGACACCUCGAGGCAUGCCUAUUCAUCGCGAACAACCUUCGUUACUUCGAAAUCUACCCUCUCACAGAACAUCUUGCCUUAUACAUCAUUGCAAUUAUGGCACGACUGAAGGGAGAACACAACAACCUCAUCCCGAACGAUCUUUGUGGCCUUCUUGUACACAAGGCUUGGGCAUUCGCCGCCCUUCGUUCUCUUAAACCACUCGAGAUCUCGGAGUGCGUCAUACAUGAAGUUCUCGAACCAUUUGCAAAGUUCACAAUCCAGCUACUGAAACGUGAUGCGGAGCUUGUCGAUGUCACCAACGAAUUCAAGUCAUGUGUAAUGCAGACACUGUACCACUUGGAGCAAGGUUCCGCGGACAAUGUAGUGAUAUCGCUGGUCAAGGAUGUUGUCUCAUUGGUCACUACAUGAGCCACCUGUGGCCGAUGCGAGAACAGAUAGUAUAAGGCAGUUCUAUUGCUUCGUACAGCUCCGCUUAGAGCCCCAAAGAUAGUCACCCAGGCACAUCAGUGGCCAAUUGGUAGUGACACAUCUUUAUUUCAACAAGGACAUCCACGAACGUCACGGUUGUUCCUGGUGUCUUCUGUGCAAGAGUUUCCCUCAAAUAUUUGGGUACACGAUGCCUUUUUCGUGUUCAAGAUGUUCACCGCAGCUUACUUCUCUAGCAUUGGCUGUGGCACAACGACUAGUGACUCAGGCGUGUCAUCCUGAUUCCUGACUGUUAAUGUGCAGUUGAUGAUAUUUGGGGCGCUUUCAUCAAGGUCCCACAGUGGCGUCCGCGACCGUUAUUCGGGACUGAUAUGGCA